AUGGUAUGUUCCCCAAAACAACAAAAGAAGGAGACCGGUGCUGGUAAAGGUCCCCUUAUAGUCGUGCCCGUGGCUUUACUCCUGCUAGGUGGCUUGCUUAUUUACUCGCUCUAUCCAGACGAACAAUUCCGCCAAGCCCGCCGUAUUGAACAGGGCAAGAAGAUUCCUCAGGAUGUCAAGGAUGGUUCACAACAUCAAACUGAGGAGACCGCUUGGUCGGCCUUUACCCGCCGGUUUGAGGAUUUUUCAAACGUCACUGAUAUUGAAUGGUCCUCAUUAUCUGAUCGCAUCGUCGAGCUAAUACUUCCUGAUUGGUCUAAAGCUAUUCCCGCCCAGAUCCGCAAACUCCAACGCGAGCUUUCCAUGGCAGACGGGUCGCUAGCUAAAGAGAUAUGGCAGGAGGCUCAUGACCCUUUCAUUCACCCAGAAAUUCAGUAUUCUGCUAAGGUGCGCGUUUCAGACGAACUUUGUGACGAUGAAAAAGAGUACUUAGCUCGUCGCAAGAAAAUCGCGACAGCGGCGUUGGCCAAAUAUCUUGGCCUAGACGAGAAGGAUAUUAACCCUGAAGAUGUUCCUACAAUAGCCAUGUGCGGUUCUGGUGGUGGCUUGCGAGCCUUAGUUGCAGGCACCGGCUCACUCCUCGCUACUCAAGAAGAUGGGUUAUUCGACUGCGCAACCUACACCUCCGGUGUUAGUGGUUCAUGCUGGAUGCAAGCUCUAUACCUUUCGUCUCUGACCGACUGCCGGUUUGAUCGCAUCGUUGACCACUUAAAAGCAAGACUGGGGGUUCAUAUCGCAUAUCCUCCAGCUGCGUUUUCAUCCGUGACAUCUUCUCCGACCAAUAAGCUACUUCUAAGCAGUGUAGUGGAGAAACUGAAAGGGGACCCGAAAGCAGCUUUCGGGUUAGUUGAUGUAUAUGGUAUCUUAUUAGCAGCAAGGCUCCUAGUGCCAAAAGGCGAGCUUGGUAUUAACGAACGAGACUUCAAACUCUCUAGUCAGAGAGAAUACAUCAAGUAUGGACAAAAUCCCCUGCCAAUCUAUACUGCAGUGCGCCAUGAAAUCCCAGACAUAGCCGCGAAUAUGUCGAAAGGCAGUCCGGAACAAGCAAAAGAGAUCGCAAAACAGGAGGCAUGGUUCCAAUGGUUCGAACUGACCCCUUAUGAAUUUUUCUGUGAAGAAUUUAAUGCCGGAAUUCCAACUUGGGCUCUUGGUCGACGGUUUAAUGACGGAGAAGACGUACCUCCAGAGAAGAAUGGCUUCCAUUUACCGGAGGUCCGUAUGCCUAUUAUGAUGGGUAUUUUCGGCAGUGCUUUCUGCGCAACUCUUAGCCACUAUUAUCGGGAAAUUCGACCACUUGUUAAGAAGUUGACCGGGUUUGCUACAGUUGAUGAGAUGAUUUAUGGUUAUAAUGAAGAUCUAGAGAAAGUUCAUCCGAUCGAUCCAGCACAAAUACCUAAUUUUACGUAUAAUAUGGAAGGCAAGCUACGAUUCACGACACCAACCACUAUAUACAAUAAUGAGUAUAUACAGUUGAUGGACGCUGGCAUGUCUAAUAAUCUACCUAUCUACCCUCUACUCCGACCUGGUCGAGAUGUCGACAUCAUCGUAGCAUUCGACGCCUCUGCAGAUAUCAAGACGGAUAACUGGUUGUCAGUGGCAGAUGGGUACGCACGCCAACGUGGUGUGAAGGGCUGGCCCGUUGGCGUUGGAUGGCCAAGGGAAACAGACCCAAGGAAUAAAAUCGAACAACAGCUGGACGCAGCCCAAGCAGACUCACCAGCGGACGCAGAGACCAAAGUACAGAAGGCACAACAAGCCCAGAGCCAAAACCUAGCUAAACACCAACCCGAAGAGCCAAGUGCCAAGACAAAACACGACGUAUCACAUCCCGAGGAUUCGGAAUUAGGCUAUUGCACGGUUUGGGUGGGUACAACCGAGGAGCGAUCGUCGGAGCCGCCGCCGCCCACAAAGGCAGUUACGGACGACGCGUUGCCAUGGCAGCUGAUGGAACCUCGCGCAGGUAUCACCGUAGUAUAUUUACCAUUCCUAGCAAAUCCGAAGGUGGACGGCGUCAACCCGGCCGUAAGCGAUUAUAUGAGCACUUGGAACUUCGUUUAUACCCCAGAGCAGGUCGAUAAGGUAGUGGCGCUCGCACGCGCCAACUUCGAUGAGGGUAAGGACCGCAUCCGCCGUUGCGUACGUGCCGUCUACGAGCGUAAAAAGAAGCUACGCGAGGAAGGUGAGGCCGCUGCUAAGAAGGAGGCAUAUAGGCGCUUGGUACGCUUGGGCAUCGCAGAUAGGUUGGGGGAGGGCGAUCAUUUUAGCUAA